AAGCUCGCGAGCUCCGUGUUUGCGUGGGCGUGAGCCUUGGGGUUUAGCUGCUGCUGUCCGGUGUUUAGCGAAAAGGUAACAGCCGCUAACAAGAUGCAGUCAGUUAUCGCCAUGUACCACACGAAGGAAACUGACAGCUAGUCUUUGGGUACUUAGUAAAGCCACCGACGGUUUUACGUCAUAUACACUAGUCCUCAAUGGCAGGGAUUAUUAAAAAGCAGAUUCUGAAACAUUUGUCAAGGUUCACCAAGAACCUGUCCCCUGACAAGAUUAACCUGAGUACGCUGAAAGGGGAAGGACACUUGUCCAACCUGGAGCUAGAUGAAGAGGUCCUACAGAACAUGCUUGACCUGCCGACCUGGUUGGCUGUGACACGGGUUUACUGCAACAAAGCCGCCAUCAGGAUACAAUGGACGAAGUUGAAAACAAGUCCUAUCUGCCUGUUCUUGGAUAAGGUGGAGGUUGAGAUGAGGACAUGUGAAGAGCCUCGUCCACCCAACGGUCCGUCUCCAAUUGCUAUAACAGAGGGACAGAGUGAAUAUGGCUUUGCUGAGAAAGUGGUAGAGGGGAUGUCUGUUAGGAUCAAUUCCAUUACGAUCAAGGUGCAGGCUCGUGCCUUCCACGCCUCAUUCGAGCUGUGGCAGCUGCAGGGCAACAGCCUCAACCCAAAAUGGCAGCGCAGUGACCUUCGCUACACCCGCAUCACUGAUCCCAAGAGAGGAGAGGUGUUGACUUUUAAGGAAAUAACCUGGCAAACGCUCCGAAUCGAGGCAGACGCCAUUGAGAGUGAUGACCAGGAUCUUGGCAGUACCCCAUUACGGCUCAUUACCAACCAGGGACGCAUUCGCAUCGCUCUAAAACGCAGAAUAAAGGACUGUAAUGUGAUGGCGUCCAAGCUUCUUUUCAUUCUGGAUGACCUGCUGUGGGUGCUGACAGACUCUCAGCUCAAAGCCAUCAUACAUUACGCCAAAUCUCUGAGCGAGGCCAUGGAGAAGUCAGCUCAGCAGAGAAAGAGCAUGACUGCUGAUUCCUUACAGACUGCUCCUCCGUCCCCUGUGAUCCACAACCUCUGGACCGAGCCUCCACCUUCCUCCACAGGCACCAGCAACAACAUCAGUCAAUACUUUGAUCUGUAUGAUGUCAAGGAGUCAUCCUACCACACCUUCAUAUCACGUUUGGACUUACACAUAUGCAAUGACAGUUCUUCAAUGGAUGAAGAUGAGCCUCCCCCACCAGGCCUGCAGGGUGCAAUGCAGCUAACCUUCAAGAAACUGGGCUUUGACUACUAUCCCAUUCACAGACCUGCUGAUGGAUGUCGACACUGGGAACGCUACAGUGGAGCUAUGGAGGCACAGGCCCAGUGGGCGGGAAAACUGCUGCAGGAGUAUCAGAGAAGAGCUGAGGCCUGUGGGUUUCCAGGGCCAUAUGCUGAAGGACCCCAUCCAGCCAAGGACUCUUCUGCGAAGUCUGCCAAGGAUGGCCAGACUAGCCCCAAGAUGAACCCGUCUGAUAAGGAGCCUGCAACCAGCAGGAACUCAAUAACGGCUUCUUUAAAUUCAAUCCUGAAGAGGCUGCGCUCUAACUGUGUGGUGAUCAGGAUGGACGACCUGGACAUUCAUCAGGUGUCUACUAGAAGCCGUCACAAUAAGAAGACUCAUUCUUUAAUAUCCUGCAACCGGAAAGCUCUGCAUUUGCCUGAUAAUAUACCAGGAGUUCAUUUGCAAUUUACAGAGUAUUUUUUUCCUGACAACUCCAGUUUACCAGUGCCCACUUCAAACCUGUAUGUCCAGUUGAAUGGCCUCCAGCUAUGUGUGGAUGCUGCCAGCUUGCUGUGGAUCAAUCUGUUCUCCAGGGGUCUUCUGCAGACCUUGGAUCAGGUCAAAGCGUUUUACCAUUUGCAAGACAGUAAAAAGGCUGAAGAGCAUGUUGACAUCCGGAUGGAUGCAGCUCAUCUUAAGAUGAUUAUUCCUCUGGAUUCCUCGAUACUGGACCAUCCUGAGCGUCCACAGUCACUUUCUGUAAUAGUCCCUCAAAUGGCUCUCAGCAACACUCGCCACUGUCCUCAUGGCUCCACAGUGGACCUCAUCAGUACAUAUGAGAGAUUUUCUGGGUGUUCUUUCUUCCAGUCAAUGCCACCUUGUCCUUACCCCAGAGAUCAGAGUUCCUUCCACCCCAUUCCAUCCACUUUUCUGUGGCACUUCCAGGAACUUGAUCCUCAGCCUCUAGACAGGAGGCAGCUCCGCAACCAGGAUAUAUGGGCUCUCAGUCUGUCCCGUGUUACGCUGGGUUUUGACGGAGCUCGGCGAUUCCCCAAAGGAAGAACUCAACCGUUUGUUGAGCCAUUUGCCAUGUCAGUGUGGAUGUGCCAGCCCUCUGCCUUUAAAAGGGAAUCUCAGUCCGCCCCAUCUGGUUCUGACAGUGUUCACCGAAUUUCCACAGAGGAGGAGCCUCAUCCGGAGGACUCUCUUGCUUCUUUCCACUUCCUGGCCCACACCAUAAGCCCACUAAAGAUGUGGCUCAAUCACUACCAAUAUGUCGCCCUGCUGAGGAUGAAGGAUGCCAUGGUUCGGCUGGGAGCAGAGUUGAGUCAGGAUCUACACGGUAAUAAACAAACUCAUGGCCCGAAGACCAGACCGCCCUCAGUUUGUCUUGCUCUUCUGAUGGACUCAAUGGAGCUGGGUCUGCUUCUGCCUCCAACUUUCGCUGCACCAGAGGAAGAGGUUCCCCAGACUCCAGAAACGGACAGCCCAAGCCUAACAGACUCUGACGUUUCCCCAACUCAUCACUCUGCUGAUGGCAUCCUGGAGGACGGUGGUUUAGAAAAUGGCAUCUCUACGAUCAACACAGCUGCUGCUGAAUUCGAUCAAGACAAUCGAGAUGGUGUGGUCGAGCCGGCCUAUGAGGCUGUAGAAGAAGAAGAGGAGGACGGAUUGACGGCGAAGGAGGAAACUCCUGGUUUGUCACCUCCUCUGUCACCUGGACCCUCCCCAGUUAUCUCCCGCGAAUCAUCUACCUUUAGCCUAGAGGGCGAACUGUCGAGUGCAAUCAGCGUCACCAAGGAUGCAACCAAAGAUGCCAUCAGUGCCUCGCUGGAUCUAACCAAAGGGGCAUUCUCCUUGACAAAAGAUGCCUUCAGCAUGCUGAGCCGUGGCUCCGGCAUGAGUAAAUUGUUCAGUCCACAGGCAAGGGAACAGAAUCCCCGUUCAGAGGAGUCGUCUCCUUCUCUACGACACCAGUCCUUGAAGCUUUCACACUCCCAGCAGUCCUUUGAUAGUGCCAUCUUGGAUGGCAGCCUCCCUGAUGAGAAUCUGUCUAUAGACAGUGAUUUUAGUGACAACUUUGUUGUUCUAAUAGACUCAGAAUCAGGUUUGGAGUCUUUGCGCCCGAACAACACACCUGGAGGCAGCCGUGGAAGCCCAGCUCCAGGCACAGAUGGCGGCUCGUCGGCUGAUCUCAGCAGCUCCCUCUCUCAGAGCACCGAGGAUGUGUCUCAGGACAUGUCCUCAGUGUUGCUUCUUAUCCUGAGUGGGACAGCUUGUACCGUGGAGGUACAAGGAGAAGACCAAAUUAUCGCUGUCCAGGCGCAGAAUCUGACCCCUGUCCAGAUGGGAAACAUCAGACAGUCAGACAUUCUGGCUGGUCUCCUGCAAGUUGACCUGGCUCAGAGGGAAGGCAUGCAGGGUUCCAGGAACUCUCCAGCUCUCUCUUUGCGUGCAGAAAUGGGUCCGUCUGCCGCUCAGCGCUCCACUCUGGAUGAGUCUCUGGGGUUUCUGGAUGUGAGACUUCAGGACUGCCAGGCAGAGUUGUUGGCCUCAACUGUAACCAACAUCGGCCCUUUUCUUGAAGAUGAGUUCAGUGUGGAUGGUCAGCCUGUAAGGUUACACUUGUCCAACGUCACUGUAACUUUAAAGGACGAUGGACCCAGAAUCUACCCCACUGCUCCACAACCUGUCCCUGCCAAAUUCAUUAUAGAGCAGAUGCUGCUCCAGCGAAGUGAUGAUGGCAUCAUGAGAAUCAAAGCUGAAAGUGCAGACACUAAUUCUUCAGCAGAUGUUCCUGCUGCUGGCAUUGACAGGUUUAAUGGCACCGACUUUGUCCAACAGCAAAGUGAGGGAGGGACACUGGAGAGCCAGCUCUGUGACACCCAGGCAGCCCUCACACAGGCCCUCAGUGAGAGAGAGCGCCUCCUCCUGGAAGUAAGGAAGUACGACCCCACAUUUACACUCUGAUCCUCUUAGACUCUGCCCCCUGAUCCCAGCUGCUGUGGAGGAAUGCUGAUGGGAUGUAUCAGAUUUGGAAGCUCGUUUAGAUCAUUUCUAAAGAUGGAUUCAAGAAAACAAGAGGUUAAUCCAAACCCGUGUCCUCAUAUAACCUAUAACUGACUCAAACAGUCCAAGCCAUUACGAACCCCCCUUUUAGCCGUCACUAGAAAACCGGGGUUUAUCAAGUUAACUUUUAGGUAAAAUAAUGUUCUUUUUCUAAGCAUUAGGAUACUUAUUACUGUUGUGCUUAACUAGUUUAUUCUGGUUUUUUUCUAAAACAAAUCAGGAUGGACUGGUGAAGUCAUUGUGUGGGUUCAAUGUAAAACAAAGCAUGCGACAAAAUCAAGCUUUAAAUCUUUCCACUUAGUUAUUGUGUGUUAUGGAUAUGUUGCACAGUCACUGCCAGAUCUGUCACACUGCAUGCUUAGUGAGCACCACUAAUUCAAUAGGAAAUGUAGCUUUUUUUUAUCAAUGGUUUUACUGCUGGACUUAUCAGUGUAAUUAACUUUGGUUUGGUGUAAAAUUAGACAGACAUGUCGCUUUUUUUGACGUUUUGGUUUAAAGUUUUGUCAAAGGUAGAGGAAAAAAAUGCACUUUUUUUAUUUAGAAACCAAACUUCCACUUCUUAAUGGGAGGUUUAAAUCAUCUAAAAUGUCCCCUUUUUUAUAGGUUCGUCACCAGGUCGGUUUAUUUUCAGUGUUAUUUUAUUUUUUUGUAUUUGAAGAGUUUCUUUUUUACUGUGAAACGAUGUCCUCUGUUGGUGAACGGCCAGUUAGGAUGGCACGCCUUACCGUCUCUCUUACUCGUUUUAGAGAACAUUGUACGCAGAGUUAAAUCAUUUGGUCUAAAAAUAAUAUAUAUAUGUAUGGAACCUGGAUGGGUUUUUGUAUAAUUUUACUUGAAUUUAUUUAUUUUUUAUUCUUUAGUUUUGUUUUCUUUCAAAACAAAAUUGAUUGUUGAUUAUCAAAAGCCGUACUGAUGACGUGAAGAUUUUCCAAUUAACUACAAUCGUUUUUCUUUUCAGCUCAGAUUUGUUGCCAAUCUAGUUCUCUGUGGAAAACCUCAUACAAGCAUGAAAUUCCAAGUGACUGCUCUAUGUUUAUGUAACACCGUUGUUUUGUUUGUGUUAGAUAAAAAAACAACUAUCAGUUUAUUCAGUUUUGGUUUAAUCAGGGCUUUUGUUUCGGUAAAAAUCUUUUCUUUUUUUACUCAGUUUGUAGCAGCAGCAUAUCUGUACAUGGGAGACCUCUGGUGGCAGAGCCAUGUCAUUUAAAAUAUUUCAGCUAAAUUACAUUGGAAGCUACAGUUGCAUCUCAUUACAUUAGAAUAUCAUUGAAAAUAGUUUGUAUUUCAGCAUCACUUUUUAAAAGCUUCUGUUAUAUUGAUCUAUUGAAUGGGGUGAGUUAGCUUUAAUUAUUUAUUUAUGUUCAUUUCAGCUUGCAGCUAAUGAAAUCCGCAAAACAGUAGUUUUUAAGGAAGUUGGAAUAUUACAACAGAAUAAAAUUAUCAUAUCUGCAUUUUUUAAGCUAUAAAAUCAUUUUUAAAAACAAUAAAUGCAAAGUAAGUUAUUUCCAGGCUCUGUACAGUAUCAGGAGUCAGUGCUGGGUCAGGACUCCUUUUGCAGUGUUUGCAUCAGUGAGAUGAGGAGCAAAACAAUCAGCCUUGGUUUGUGUGGAGUAGGGUGUAUAUCCAGGUGGAGAUUCUGGUCAUCAGAGAGAAGAACAGAGUGCUCCAAAACUUCCUGGUACAGAGCUGGACUGACUUAGUGUUUGAUUAAAUGCAAAUUGAGCAAAGUCAGAACCACCUGUGGAAACAUACCCACACCACUCUUUCAACUCAAGGAAGUUAAUUUACAAAUGAAAUUAAAGAGAAAUUUGAUCUGGUAUUUUAUCUCUGUAGCUCAGGUAAGGAGUUUCUGAAGCCAUCUGUGGUUCAGGAGUUUCAAAAUUUAAGGAACGCAUCAAAUAUGCUUAAGAUAAGUACCGUAACUGAAAUAGAUGAACACAGAUGAAUCAGUGUUAUUCUAGCUUGGGAUGCAUCUGAGUAGCAGAUGGAUAUUAAUGCUUAAAGAACACUGUUGUGAAUCAGAGCAAUAGAGAGAGACUAGUUUCUCAUUAAACCCAUCAAAAAGAACAUGCUGAGUAUUUUCUAAGGUGUAACAUGUCUGAAAUAACUACCUAUGUGUCAUAAUCUUGUAUUCUACACUCUGCAUGAACACUCAAAACUACUUCAAAAGUUGUUGUACUAAAGCAUAUGUACUACUUAUUUACCUCAAUACAUGUGAUCUUUUACUAGCUUUUAGUGUUUUAGUUUCUGCAUGGCCUUAAUGGACAGAGACGUUCCAUGCUGGAUGCAACAUGUAGCUCUGAAGUUCCCACUUCUGCUCCGACCUUGAUGGUUAGUAGCAUCUGUUUUAAUUUAAUGAAAGAGUUUUGAUUUAAAUUUCCAUGCAAGAGAUGCAAACAGAGGGAGACUGAUUACAAGAUGUACUGUAGACCUGAGACGCAUGUGUUAAAGUGAGUUUUGUGACGUUUAUGCUUUGUGAAUUACUUGUGCGGUUAACCCACUGAAUUUUGCACUUGUCUUGAUGUGAAUCACUUCCAAAAUGAAUGCAUACGAGUCAUUGUGGAUAUGUUUUUAGUGGUGCUAAUGGUUUUUGUAUGGUAUUCACUCUAUUGAGACUAAUAUAUAACUGGUUCUGUGAACCAAAGAGAGAAUGUUGACAAGAAUUUAAGACUUAAUAAAUUGCUAAACACA